AUGGACAACGAUGGAAGGGCGAGUGGUGGCAGCAAGAGGAAGGAGAGGGAUGCAGCGAGCAGCCGCGGCACAUACUCAAGUACGCGAUCAAAGCGAGAAUCGCCAUCACGAGAUGCCAAGAAGGCCAGGCCGAGCAGUACCGCCACUUCGACUUCAGGAGAGCGAAGGCGAGAGGGGGAUGAAGACGACUCGUCAGCUACAGCAACGGCCAUCUUGCUUCAAUCAGAGAGACAGAUUGAGCGAGAGACGCUGCGAACGAUCGAGAAAAUAGUCACCCGCUACCACUGCGCCCUCUGUCACAAGCCGCUCGAAGGCCUGCCGCGACGAAAGACGGACGAGUCGUAUGUGAUCAACAAGGACAAGGCACUGUACAAACUCACCAUCGUGCCAGGCGAGAAGGUGUCCAUCAAAAGGGACAAGGGAGUGGAGGUCCAAUACAGCUCGGCGCCGCAGCACGGUGCUGCUCAGUACACCUAUAUUCUGAAGGAUGCGUUGGUUCCCGCUGCCCAGGUCCCUGUGACAGAACGAAGAGGCGGUGGCGCAGGCAGUUGGCGCUCGAAGGAAGAGUCACAGUUCCUCGCCGCCACAACGAAGGGAGAAUUCACGCUGGCGUGCUGCUCGCUGCACAACAAGACAAGGUCCGUUCGCCACCUCGAGCGGAUGUCCGGCGAGCGAUGGACCUGCAAGGCCGGCCACAAGUGCCUGUGA